UGUUGUGGACUUCACCUGCACCCACCUCUGUUUCUAGAUGGUCUGACGUUUCUGAAUACCGACAAGGAGGAAGACACAGACAGGCCGGCCGGCCAGCAAGAUAGAGGAACAAGUACUGGUUUCAGGGCUUGCUCUACUCUGGUACCUCCUUAGGAUAUAAUAGAGGCAAGGAGGCUGUAGGGGGCAAGGUGUCAGGCUCAGCAUCCUCAAUGUCCUCAGUGCCAUCUUCCCCCAGAGUCACUACGGACAGCUUCGCCUUCUGUCUGGUGGAGGAGAUGACAUCAUCAACAGUCGCCGACACCAGCUUUGCCAGACUCAGAGAUGAUGGGCUCAUCAGCCCAGGGGGCAAAGCCCAAACUACACUGGCACUCCUUCCCACCAGCCCUCCCAAAAGCCCCAUGGCUUUAAAGAUGGCCUCAGACAAUGGGUUAGGAUUUGACAACGAGACUGAGGAUGACUUUUUAUAUAAUAAGCAGGAGCGUUCGACGGUCCUGGUCCGUAGGUUCUUGAGGGAUAACCAGAGGGUGAAGAAGUCGGUGUGUACAGGAACCAGGGCUAUCAUCAGGACGUUACCCACCGGGAGGAUCGGUGAGGAGGCUUGGGACGCUGUCUGCGGAAGGGUGCCCCUCCAGCUGUGGGAUGAGGAGGACCACCAAACUUCUGGUGGAUACAGCCGAUUGAGUGGAUACAGUGGACACAGUUCAACCUCUCAGAGUCUACAUCUGCAAGUGUGUAAACCUCUCCUUGGAAAAACAGGAGACAUGUUUUUUGAGGUAAGAGCAUACACACAGUUGGCUUUAAUGGUCCCAUUGAGCAAAACUGUGUCACUUUUUGUUUAAAACUACUUUGGGAAAUCCCUAGACUACACUGGACUACACAUACCUAGACCACACACACACAUACACAGCGUGUCUCAGAAAGGAAAUGUGUGUUAAAAAAAAAACGGAUACAGUGCUACAGUAUGUGGUGUGAGUCAAAACUCAGGUUGACGUAUUUUGGGAUGAAUCUUGUCCUGGAGGCAUAGCUGAGUGAUUUCCAUUAGAUGGGCCAGUGGCAAUGUAAAAAUUGGCUAUAUAUCGUAAACAUUUAUGCAUUUUUUUGUUGUUGCCUUUUUGGUCUUAAUUUAAGGUUAGGGUUAGGCAUAAGGUUAGCAGUUUGCUUAAGGUUAGGGGUAGGUUUCAAAUCUGAUUGCAUGACUUUGUAGUUGUGCCAGUUAGUGACCAGCCUGCAGAGCUGACUCCAGUACAUGUCAUCCCAAUAAAUGCCAACCUGCAGCCAAAACUCACCGAGCUGCAGUGGAAAUGAGGGUUGGGGCAGCCGGGUAUGAGAGCGGAGGGGAGGGGUGGUUAAGUUAAGUAGAACACUAGAGGCCUGUAUUAUAGAGGGUGCGUCUCAAAUGGCACCUUAUUCCCUAUAUAGUGCACUACUUUUGACCAGAGCCUUAUGGUCAAAAGUAGUGCACUAUAAAGGCAAUAGGGGGCCAUUUGAGACGCUGCUAGAGGGUCUGGGCUUGCUGCUCUGCUCUAGUGGUUACACACCCAAUGGAAAAGUUAGGCUACACCAUUACAUCACAAUCACUUGGCAGAUGGUUACAAUCUCAACCAUGCGAAACAAAUACAGUCAGUGGAAAACAAAGCACUCACACUCCAGAGUUUAUUUUUAAGGGGCUGCCGAGUCAAAAACUACAAACUUCAGGAGAAAUGAAAGGAAUAACUUGCCUACUUAUAGCUCCAACCUGUGGGAAUUGUUUGGCAGGUAGACCCAGAGCAGGUGAAAACAGUCACAGCCUAUUGAAAGAAAGACCUGUCAGAUAAGGAUGAUAGAACUGAGGGGAUAACGGGGAUGGUCUGUCUUCAGUUCUCUUUACACCUUCACCAGGAAUCAUGAAAGGAUGGUGAUGUCUGUGUUGACUUUUAAGAAAUAUAUUUUCCCAGGACCCCAAUGGAAAAAUGCCUUGGCCUUUAUUAUGUUUUAUUCUCAAUCAAUGUUUUAUGUAAAGUUGUUAAAACAGGACAGUGUGUACAGUGGUCCAACACAAUAACGAGUUUAUGAGUACAUUCCUAUAAAGGGGAAUGAGGAGUGGUAUGACCUCAGAGGGGGUUAUGAUGCAGCCUAGUCUGGGAUUCAAACAACAACAAAGUGGGUCCCCUGCCACUUUUGGAGACAAACGUUUUUUAAAAGUAUUUACCAAUCACAGAGUGCCCCUUUAGAAGUCAGUAAGCCUCGGAGAAUGAACUGCAGACCUCAUUCAGUACUAAUUCUGCAGCGGCAAUAGACUGUACGCUGCUGGUAAUAAUACAGUGGAUUAGACUGCCACCUAGUGGUUUGCUAUAUAUUGGUACUGCUCACGUAAACCCUUGGCACAGAGAAGUGUCCAAACUAAUCUGGAAAACACUGAUGUUUGCUCGUCCAAGCAAUAACACACCUGAUUCAACUUAUCAAUAAAUCAUAGUCUUUAAUAAAUACUUUAUUAUAUGAAUUAGGGUAAAUUAAUUGCUCUCCUUUUGAAAAUAAAUUCCAUGGUCGAUUAAACUGACAGCCGAAGACAUGAAAUUAACUGCAACUGUUGUUGUACAAUAGGUAUUUGUACUGAACCACUGUGGUCUCAGCAGAAAAUAAGACUUUAAGAUCCUUGUUAAGUCAUUUCUGUAGAAAAUAAUACCAGAAUCUGUUUCUGUAAUCAGUGAUCAGGGUUAAAAGAGGUCAUUUCAAGGUUGACUGAACUCAUUAGUGUGGGUCAGGGUUGAAGACAAUUCAGGGAAUUUCAGGGGGGAAAUUCAGUUCAUGAAGGGAAAACAUUGCCAUUGAAAAUAGCAGACAUGGUAAUUGAAUAAACAAUUGUGAUUGGUAACUGUGUGUGUGUAAAGGAUGUCACGCUGCUUGCUUAGCGAGUACCGCUUCCUCCUGAUUCGGCUCAUACCAAGGCUCGAACCCAGGACCUCUGCCUUGCUAACACACGUGACCACCCUCCUGAUGCGUCUUCCGCACCACGGAAAAGCUAGCUUUUGGGGGACACUUUAGACUGAGGAGUGAUUUUCGUGUGUCCUGUGUGUGUCUUCUCUUGAGUGCACUCACUGCUGACAUGAUAGCAUAAGGCUUUGUUUACACAGUAAAGAGAUUUUCACGCAUCACCCAAACUGCUGUGGUUAGAGUAGGAGAUGAGCAACAGUGAUGUGUUUUAUAUAUAAAGGUCAUGUUCUUCUAAUAACUCCUCUUACAGAUGUCAAGUCUCCCUAACCAUAUAAGGGGAGCUGUCUCUCUCUCUCUUUCUCUCUCUCUCUCUAAUUUUGCUCCCUCCCUCCUCUUAGGUUUCAGACAUUCUCUUUCUCUUCUGUCUCAAACAUAUCUCUCUCCCUAUCUCUUGCAAUCACUACAAACUGGAACAUAUGGACAUGACACUGCUAUUGCAGAUUGAUUGACUUUCUCUAAUUUUGGAGGCUGUAUUACAUUAGGCAUGAUCUUCUAACGUAAGUCAAAAUAUAUUUUCUCUGUCAUUCAGAUGGUUUAUUCAAUGAAAGCAGUAACACUAGUACUUAACUAACAUUUCUAUCAAACCAUGCAUACUAUCAUCUUAGUUAUUCGUAUCAGUGGUGAUCGCUCAAGGUAGAGUAUGAUUGUGUUCCUGAUGGUAAAUGUGGGUCCUAUUUGUCGGUCUUCAGACAUCUUGAUUCUGAUCAACUGUUUUGUAAAACCCUACAAGACAGGCAGAAUGUUGCUUGUGACAGUAUAUCUUAUAGUGUUACAAGGGUUCCAUACAUGAUCUUGUGGCACAACUAUAAUUUCAGGUAGUUUCAUUACAAACAUACAGUACAGAAUAUUUAUGCAUCCUUGUGACAAGUGCUGCAGUAUUAGAGUCUAUUGAAGGCUCUAUGGAUGGCUGAAGUGAUACCAAAAACCAUAACAAGAUUAUAUUGCAGAGGGAUGUGUAUCCCUGGUUUGGUGUAAUAUGGCAGAAUAGUUUCUAGCCAAUGUAUAGACUGUACACAUAUGGAUUAAGUGUAUCAGGUCCAUGGCCAACAUCUGCAGCAACCUUACACAGUUUGACCAAUUGUUUUAUUUUUAUUUAAGACAUAUUGAGACCUUGGUCUCUUUUACAAAUGUGCCCAUUAAAGGUUUUUUCUUUAUUUGUACUAUUUUCUACAUUGUAGAAACCAAAAAAGUGUUAAACAAAUCAAAAUAUAUUUUAGAUUCUUCAAAAUAGCCACCCUUUGCCUUGAUGACAGCUUUGCACACUCUUGGCAUUCUCUCAACCAGCUUCAUGAGGAAUGCUUUUCCAACAGUCUUGAAGGAGUUCCCACAUAUCCUUCACUCUGCGGUCCAACUCAUCCCAAACCAUCUCAAUUGGGUUGAGGUCAGGUGAUUGUGGAGGCCAGGUCAUCUGAUGCAGCACUCCAUCACUCUCCUUGGUAAAAUAGCCCUUACACAGCCUGGAGGUGUGUUUGGGAUCAUUGUCCUGUUGAAAAACAAAUGAUAGUCCCACUAAGCCCAAACCAGAUGGGAUGGCGUAUCACUGUAGAAUGCUGUGGUAGCCAUGCUGGUUAAGUGUGCCUUGAAUUCUAAAUAAAUCACAGACAGUGUCACCAGCAAAGCACACCAUCACACCUCCUCCAUGCUUCACGGUGGGAACCACACAUGCGGAGAUCAUCCGUUCACCUACUCCGCUGUGUCUCACAAACACGUGGUUGGAACCAAAAAUCUCAAAUUUGGACUCAUCAGACCAAAGGACAGAUUUCCACCAGUCUAAUGUCCAUUGCUCGUGUUUCUUGGCCCAAGCAAGUCUCUUUUUCUUAUUGAUGUCCUUUAGUAGUGGUUUCUUUGCAGCAAUUCGACCAUGAAGGCCUGAUUCACGCGGUCUGAUGUUAAGAUGUGUCUGUUACUUGAACUCUGUGAAGCAUUUAUUUGGGCUGCAAUCUGAGGUGCAGUUAACACUAAUGAACUUAUCCUCUGCAGCAGAGGUAACUCUGGUCUUCUUUUCCUGUGGCAGUCCUCAUGAGAGCCAGUUUCAUCAUAGCACUUGAUGGUUUUUGCGACUGCACUUGAAGAAACUUUCAAAGUUCUUGAAAUUUUCCGGAUUGACUGACCUUCAUGUCUUAAAGUAAUGAUGGACUGUCGUUUCUCUUUGCUUAUUUGAGCUGUUCUUGCCAUAAUAUGGACUUGGUCUUUUACCAAAUAAGGCUAUCUUCUGUAUACCACCCCUACCUUGUCACAACACAACUGAUUGGCUCAAACGCAUUAAGAAGAAAGAAAUUCCACAAAUUAACUUUUAACAAGGCACACCUGUUAAUUGAAAUGCAUUCCAGGUGACUACCUCAUGAAGCUGGUUGAGAGAAUGCCAAGAGUGUGCAAAGCUGUCAUCAAGGCAAAGGGUGGCUGCUUUGAAGAAUCUCAAAUAUAUAAUAUAUUUGAUUUUUUAAACACUUUUUUGGUUACUACAUGAUUCCAUAUGUGUUAUUUCAUAGUUUUGAUGUCAUCACUAUUAUUCUACAAUGUAGAAAAUAGUAAAAAGAAAGAAGAACCCUUGAAUGAGUAGGUGUGUCCAAACUUCUGACGGGUACUGUGUAUACUGUAUUUACACAUUUAAAAUACAAAAACACAGUCAUGGUAAGCACAAAUAAACAUUACAAAUCACCCAGAAAAACAGUUACAUUCCUCCACAAAUAAGUCCCCAAUUAAUACUUUAAAUUGCCCGAACAGCACCAGAACAUCAAGAUGAAAUGUGUUAGUGUGUUCUCUCUCGUCCCACUAGACUAAACAUGUGGUUUCUGUUUAAUUUCAUUUAAACAGAUAGAACACAUGAGAUUUAAGCCAUACAUGAAAGGUAUUUGAGUAACACUUAACAUUAAUUUAUCAUUUCUAAAGGGGUCGUAAAGAGCUUAUCAGUUGUUGAUAGACAGUUUAGUGUACAGGUGGUAAUAAACAGUUAUUACUAUUUGACAGAUAACAAUUUGUAUUAUUGGUUUAGGCCUACAAAUCAUUGUACAAUACUAGCAACAAGCUGAAUGGGAUAUAGUCCUACAACUUACUAUAUCUUUUUUUAUAUUGAAACUUUACAAAUGUACAAAACCACAUACAGUAUAACAACAACACUCAAUAACCAAGGCUUCCUCUCCUCAUCUCCUGCCUUCAUCUGCUCUGAUGUAAAAUAAAUGGACUGGACCAGUCCGACUGGUAGAUGCAAAUACUAAGAAUGCUUCUUCUACCAUGACAGCUUUGCCAAGAGUGUGCAACGUUGUCAUCAAGGCAAAGGGUGGCUAUUUGAAGAAUCUCUAAUAUAAAAUAUAUUUUGAUUUGUUUAACACUUUUUUGGUUACUACAUGAUUCCAUUUGUGUUUUGAUGUCUUCACUAUUAUUCUACAAUGUAAAAAAAUAGUAAAAUAAAGAAGCACCUUGAAUGAAUAGGUGUGUCCAAACUUUUGACUGGUAGUGUGUGUGUGUGUGUGUGUGUGUGGGGGGGGUUCCCUACCCUUUAAAGGAAUCGAAGGAGGUUAAAGUGCGGUGAUGAUGUGAAUAUAAUUUCUGAAUAUUCGACUCCAAGGAGUAAAUAUUUGGUUUAGCUAAAGCACAUUGUCUGUUAGGCUCUGCCAGCUGGAUACACUUCCCUGUCUCCUCUCUCUCCUCUCUCCCUACACUGGCCAACAGAAACAGAAGUCCUGGGGAGGGGUGUUGGUGGUACGGUGGGGAAUGGGUUGCACCACGGACGCCCUUUCAGGGGCCCCAAACUUUAAUCCUGGAUAGCUGAGAACAUCCUUAUAAAACAAGAGAUUUACAGACAGAAGAUCCCAAAGUUCAGAUCCUUAUAAAACAAGAAAUAACAUCAAAAAUACCAUCUUCCCAGGUUCAGAGGGUUUACCAACAACUAACAUGCCACAAUGCUACAAUGUGAGAGUCUAAAUAUUUUAUUGUCGGAUACACAGAUCAGACCGAGCAUCUUUGUUUAUAUCACAACCCUCAUUUUCACAGCACUGUUUUAAUGCUCAAGCAAAUGCAUUAGGCAAACUCCAAUGUAUUGAUAUUAGACUGAGAAUAACUGCCAAGUUGACUCUCAGAGGCACACAGACACUUCAGAUAGAUUUAUGUCAGUCGGAAAAUGGAAUACAAAUAAUUUACAAGAGGCUAUGCCUGAUUCUUUACAUAACACACACACAGACUCAGACAGAGACACACACUGAGAGACCGUGUUAUAAUAGCACCUUUUAUGAGAAAGGCUACUGCAUGUCUUGUACGUUUGUAAUUCUCAAGGGGGCUGGUGGCACCUUAAUUGGGGAUGACAGGCUCAUAGUAAUGAUUGGAACGGAAUGAAUGGAAUGGUAUCAAACACAUGGUUUCCAUGUUUGAUACCACUCCAUUCACUCCAUUUCAGCCAUUAUUAUGAGCCAUCCUCCCCUCACCAGCCUCCUGUGGUGUGAUUAGGUGAUGAGAUACCUGGGUCGUGUUCAGUAGGGAGAAAAGGUUUUAUAACUUAGUGACUUCCACCUGAACUUGUCCAAGGAGAACACAGAUAAUUGUUUUCUGUUACAAAACGUUUUUCUACAGUGUGCCUUGCUGAACGCGACCCUGUAUCUUCCUCUGUCUUCCCAGGCAUGCCAUGCCCUGAGUUCUGAAGUAAGGGUGGCCAGUUCAGGAGCUCUACUCCUGUCUUCCAGGAAGCUUCUGUUGUCUGCCGAGAGGAGGGAUCUGUGUCGCAAGAGGGCCACAUUGCCAUGGCCGGGAGGAGGAGGGGUGUGUAGCUACCGAGCAACCCUACAGAGGACUGACAUUUCUGCCUAUAUCUCAGGGACCCUCCUGGAAGUGGUUCUGUCCAUCGGCAACACGGGAGACAACGACUUCUCUCCUCCCUGUAUCACCACAAGUCCCUUGGGCUGGGCUGUCCUGAAAGGUCCCAUAACUAAUAUGAAUCUUAUUAAAUUCAAGUUGAUGAAGUAUUGAAUCAAAUCAACUUACAUAAUAAAUCAUAUGAAAUGUCUAUUAAUCAAAUGUGGUUAAAAUACUACCUGUCUUAUCAGAGAGUAGGAUAGAGCUGUUACCAUAGAGAUCCUAUUAAAUUACACUGCUCAAACAAAUUAAGGGAACACUAAAAUAACACAUCCUAGAUCUGAAUGAAUGAAAUAAUCUUAUUAAAUACUUUUUUCUUUACAUAGUUGAAUGUGCUGACAACAAAAUCACACAAAAAUUAUCAAUGGAAAUCAAAUGUAUCAACCCAUGGAGGUCUGUAUUUGGAGUCACCCUCAAAAUUAAAGUGGAAAACCACACUACAGGCUGAUCCAACUUUGAUGUAAUGUCCUUAAAACAAGUCAAAAUGAGGCUCAGUAGUGUGUGUGGCCUCCACGUGCCUGUAUGACCUCCCUACAACACCUGGACAUGCUCCUGAUGAGGUGGCGGAUGGUCUCCUGAGGGAUCUCCUCCCAGACCUGGACUAAAGCAUCCGCCAACUCCUGGACAGUCUGUGGUGCAACGUGGCGUUGGUGAAUGGAGCGAGACAUGAUGUCCCAGAUGUGCUCAAUUGGAUUCAGGUCUUGGGAACGGGCGGGCCAGUCCAUAGCAUCAAUGCCUUCCUCUUGCAGGAACUGCUGACACACUCCAGCCACAUGAGGUCUAGCAUUGUCUUGCAUUAGGAGGAACCCAGGGCCAACCGCACCAGCAUAUGGUCUCACAAGGGGUCUGAGGAUCUCAUCUCGGUACCUAAUGGCAGUCAGGCUACCUCUGGCGAGCACAUGGAGGGCUGUGCGGCCCCCCAAAGAAAUGCCACCCCACACCAUGACUGACCCACUGCCAAACCGGUCAUGCUGGAGGAUGUUGCAGGCAGCAGAACGUUCUCCACGGCGUCUCCAGACUCUGUCACGUCUGUCACGUGCUCAGUUUGAACCUGCUUUCAUCUGUGAAGAGCACAGGGCGCCAGUGGCGAAUUUGCCAAUCUUGGUGUUCUCUGGGAAAUGCCAAACGUCCUGCACCGUGUUGGGCUGUAAGCACAACCCCCACCUGUGGACGUCGGGCCCUCAUACCACCCUCAUGGAGUCUGUUUCUGACCGUUUGAGCAGACACAUGCACAUUUGUGGCCUGCUGGAGGUCAUUUUGCAGGGCUGUGGCAGUGCUCCUCCUGCUCCUCCUUGCACAAAGGCGGAGGUAGCAGUCCUGCUGCUGGGUUGUUGCCCUCCUACGGCCUCCUCCACGUCUCCUGAUGUACUGGCCUGUCUCCUGGUAGCGCCUCCAUGCUCUGGACACUACGCUGACAGACACAGCAAACCUUCUUGCCACAGCUCGCAUUGAUGUGCCAUCCUGGAUGAGCUGCACUACCUGAGCCACUUGUGUGGGUUGUAGACUCCGUCUCAUGCUACCACUCGAGUGAAAGCACCGCCAGCAUUCAAAAGUGACCAAAACAUCAGCCAGGAAGCAUAGGAACUGAGAAGUGGUCUGUGGUCACCACCUGCAAAAACAGUCCUUUAUUGGGGGUGUCUUGCUAAUUGCCUAUAUUUUCUACCUGUUGUCUAUUCCAUUUGCACAACAGCAUGUGAAAUUUAUUGUCAAUCAGUGUUGCUUCCUAAGUGGACAGUUUGAUUUCACAGAAGUGUGAUUGACUUGGAGUUACAUUGUGUUGUUUAAGUGUUCCCUUUCUUUUUUUGAGCAGUGUACUAUUAGUAUUCUAAUUCCUAUUUCUAUGGCUAUAACCAUAUUGCUUACACUUAUCUGAUCGAUUCAAUUCUACAUGAAGUGUCUACCAGUAGGGUCAAUGUAGGAGUCCAGAAACAAUCUACAGUAUUUUACUCAUUUCUUAACUCCCUCUUGACUCACCCUUCCCUCCCUCCUCCUUCACCCCCCUCCCUCCCUAUUACCCCCUCCCUCCCUCCCAGAGCGCCAGCUGCGCUCCCCCAUGGCGGGAUCCAGCGUGGUGCCGGCGGCUCCACUGACGGAGGUCAAUAAGGAGCUGUCUGACCUCCGACCCCUGGUCAGUUUCUCGGAGGAGAUGGCCUACGUCCUCAUGGAUCAGGAGCUGCAGCUCUACAGCCGGAUCCUACCACUGGACUACAUCUGCUUCCUCACCCAUGACCUGGGAGGCCCUGGCCAGCCACAGCCACAGCCCCAGGGGCAGACACACCAACCUGGACAAACUAAUCUUAUGGCUGGCUGCAGUAGGCCCCACAACGCAGUAGAGGACCUGGUCACAAGAUUCAAUGAGGUGAGAGAGAAAUAACUAACCUGCGACGUGUCUCAACAUGGGGAAUACAUUUUCCACCUAUAUGUCGAGUAACUGUGCCUGAGACCUGAAGACUUGUGUUGGCUCCCAGAGCUAAUAACUUGGCUUGAGCUCAGAGGGAUAACACAGUCCUGUUGCACAAAGGUGACUCUAGAUUCAAACCGUUUUCCUGUUUCCAGGUGAGCUCCUGGGUGACAUGGAUGAUUCUGACAGCAGGUUCUAUUGAGGAGAAGAGAGAGAUGUUCUCAUGUCUGGUCCACGUGGCCAGGUGCUGUUGGAACAUGGGAAACUACAACACUGUCAUGGAGUUCCUGGCUGGACUCAGGUAGAAGCAGGGCUAGAACCAAUUCUUCAAGGGAACAUUUGAUUAUUUGAUUUUAUGUUUUUGCAAAUAUAUUUAGGAUCCAUCUACCUCUGCUCAAGUAUCAUUUCCUGCUUAGUUAAUAAACAUCACACCAUUUUUCUUUCACCCACAUUCUGUCUUCAUCUCCAACUUCGCCUCCUAAACUGUCCACUUUUGGCCCUCCCACCUCCAUUCUCACUCAGCUGCAUCUCUCCAUCCUACCCUUCAGGUCUCGCAAGGUGCUAAAGAUGUGGCAGUUCAUGGAGCAGUCGAACAUCGAGACCAUGCGUGCCCUGAAGGAUGCCAUGGCGCACCACGAGACGUCUGCAGAGUACAGGAAGGUGGUCUCGCGUGCCCUCCACAUCCCGGGCUGCAGGGUGGUGCCCUUCUGUGGGGUCUUUCUGAGAGAGCUAGGGGAGGUCCUGGAUGGAGCAGCUAGCCUGAUCAGCCUCAGACCAUGCCUCAGCUCACAGGACUCUGUGGAGGUGAGGAAUUAUGCAUUUUUAGCAAGACCGUACAAACAGAUCUAGGAUUAGGCUAGAGGAAUGUUGGCCUUGUACUUAGAAAUUAGGGCCACAUUUACUAAGUGUUGACAUCACUGCACCUGUUUCCUACUGUAGUUUCCUAUUCCUUCUUUGAUAUUCCUUUACACAACAUUUAAAUGAUGUGUUCUAUUAAAGUAUCAAGUGCAUUUGACCUUUUCGUGACCAUCCAUUCAGGCCAAAACUGAAUCUUCACACAACCCGACUCAUCAUAAAUAUACUUUAGUAACCUUUCUCAUCUUAAACACCACCAUGCCUUCUUUCCAUAGUUUCAGUGGUGUAUAUUCAUGGAUCCCAAAAAAUUUACAAAGAAAAAAACAUACAAAAUAAUUGAUUUCCUUCAAUUCGCAAGAGGCUGAAUGUAUCUCACUGGAGAAAGCAUCCGAGCGAGCAAAACAGCGCCCCUCUGUUUCCGUAUAUGUAGCCCAUCUAACUGAUGCUGUCUGGUCAAAAAGAGUAUAACAUUGUUGCCGCCCGUAGCAUUGAAUGCAAGGGAAGCCAGCAAGCAAGCAUUUGGCCUCCCUUGAUAUUUAAAAAAAUCAAAUAAUAGCCAAUCAGCAUUGAGCUAAACUGAGUGAGCUCAACUGUGAAUGGUCCUGGUGCACAAAAAAAAAGUGUCUAGGGAAGCCAGUUUGGAUUUGGCUGUCAUUGACAGAAAAAACGUACAUUGUUGUGUCGUUGUCCUCCGGUGGCUAGCUAGCGAUUUCCUAAAUUAGCCAUGGAUGGAGAUAGGGAUUUGGACUUGUGGUUUUACUUAAUUCUUCGCACUGGCCAAUGAUUAUAAAGGUGAUUCUGAUCCAACCACAAAUUCAUACAUUGUGCCCCUGGCCUGAGAGGAUGAAAGUUCAACAUGUAGCUCACAGGAGGUUGGUGGCACCUUAAUUGGGGAGAACGGGCUUUUGGUAAUGUCUGGAGCAGAAUAGGUGGAAUGGUAUCAAAUACAUCAAACACAUGGUUUCCAGGUGUUAGAUGCCAUUCCAUUUGCUCUGUUCCAGCCAUUAUUAUGAGCCAUUCUCCCCUCAGCAGCCUCCUGUGAUGUAGGUAGAUAUAGUAGGCUAAUGUUAACUAGCUGGCCUGGCACAUCGUGGCCCAUGAAAGGAAGUUAGGCUAGCGAGCAAUAAUUUUUGCCAGGUAGCCUAGGACAACAAAAAACAAAAGCGUGUACUAUAUGACAGAGUCAUAGAUCGUUUAGGCAACAUGAAAGAGGAUGGCAUUGGUGUUUCUCUAGAAGUAGGGUGAGUCAACAUGUUUUUUCUACUUGCACGCACACACACACACACACACAGAAAUCAGAACCAUGGACAGCCACAUCAUAUUUAGCUUACGUUGAUUGGACUAAAUCGUUUUUGGUAUCUUUUAGUUGUCACUGUAUUAGACUAAACAUAGGUGAUUAGAUGAUGUUGAAGUUGAAAUGGUGCUGGAAUAGUGCAGUCAGCUGUUUUCUUUGCGACUUGCGGUAACUCUCUGUGGUUAUAAAUCAAUAGUUGUUUAGUAGUCCGAAAAUGUCGGAAACAUUAACUUGCUUGACUGUUUGUCACAUGCAAUAUGUUUUGUGGAUCACCGGGCAGAUGUUGCUCUCCGGUUUUGUGAUGAAACAAAGGUGUGGUUGGAUUUAUUCUGCCGUUGUGUCUUCUUCACGGUGUCAAGACAUAUGAACUAACAGGUUAUAGAGCAAACAACGCAAUUAUCACUAACACAUAGGUGGUAAUAUGGCAUUUUUUCCCUGGUGAUUUUAUCCACGCACCGCUACUGCGUAGUUUGUCUCUGACUACAACGGACAGGACAACUUCCUGCAACGGGCGGGGCCAGAUGGGCUCAACCAACCAGAGAAGGAAGCAACCGUCAACAACAUCCUGCAGACCAUCCGUAGCUGCAACCGCAGUAUGGAGUCUGAGGAUUGGGAGGAGUCUGGAGGGUCUGGUGAUGGGAGCAUCACUGGUUCACGUAAAAACUCCUUCAAGGAUGGCAACCGCAACCAGUAAGUGUCCACAGUGGGCCCACCUAACGUUAGGCUACUUUUUAGUUGAUUGUGCAAGAUUUUGGCUCUGAUUGUGCUAGAAAGUGUCAAUAAAAUCGGAAAAAACACUGAUACCACAACACCUGCUAUCUGAUACAAGCUAGGUGAAAUUGGCUCCCCAUUUCAAUAUUACAUAUUAUUUUUCUUAAUAUAAGUAUCAAUGCAUUAUCAUUUGUUUUGUGUUGGUGUCUUAUUAUAGAUAAUAACAUCUGCAUCAUUUUAAAGCUUCUUUCGGUCAUUUACCUCUCCUGAAAACACUCUUCUCUGGUCAGGUUCACCGUGGGUGAUCUCUCCGAGUCUUCGGGUGACCUAUCUGACCUAUCACAGGGCAAAGACCCAGACUUCCAGGGUACGGGUGAGAGGACUCAGAAGGCCUUUGCCCACGGUACAGAACUCAUCCCGUGGUACGUCCUCUCCCUCCAGCCCCACGUGCACCACUUCCUCCAGCAGGGCGCUACUGUGAUCCACUACGACCAGGACUCCCACCUCACCGCCCGCUGCCUGCUCCGACUCCAACCCGACAAUUGUGUCCUCACCUGGGCCAAGCUCCACAGUGGUGGUGGGGGCCUGCCUGGUUCUAGCCCUGGCCCUGACUCCUCCAAGCUCCGGAGCCCCACUGUGUCAGGGGCUGGCGGUCAGUACUGUGGGCAGCCCAUACUGAAUGGCCAGUUGGAUGGAUUCCUGGAUCUCUCCGUGGCUAAAGCUGUCUUCAUGGGCCAUCCAGGGGCUGAUGUUCAGGCGACAUGCCUGCAGAACAAGCUCUCAUGUGGGCUGAGCCUGGAGGAGUGUGGGGUGACUCUGCUCUAUGGGCUCCAUACAACAGACAACAGGUUAUUACACUUUGUGGCCCCCAGAAACACAGCUAGAAUGGUGUACUCUGGGCUGCAGGCCCUGUUAGCUGUUCACAGGAGGAUGAGGAAGUUCCCUGACCAAAGGCUGCAGUGGCUCCGGAGGAAGUACGUCAAUCUCUAUCAGGUGAGGGACUGCGAUGCAAUGAUGGAGUCCAGUUACUAAACCUCGGGUCCAAGUCAAGUCCCAAGUCUUGUAGUGUUCCAGUCCCAGUCCCUACUGGUAGAGUGUGAAUGGUGUCAGCAGUCAUGAGUGAGUAGAUGUGAGUGAUUUACCAUUUUGUACCAAGAACAUGUUCCUCUCUCUUCCAGGAGGAUGGCAGAUACGAGGGUCCGACACUAGCCCAGGCCAUCGAGCUGUUUGGGGGCAGGAGAUGGAGUGUGGGUGCUGGUAGCAUGGAGAAGUCUGGAGCUCAGAAGAACAGCCAUCUCACUGUGACCUCCAAUCAGAAGAAAAAGAAGUCUGUGACUAGGGUGAGGAGAGAUAUUUGCAGUAGAGAUUUAUUCAACUCCUGCACAAAUGCCUGGCGCUUGGUUGGAGGAACAUGUUGAGUCAGUUUCAAUAAAAUAACUACAUUUGGUGUGUGUGUGUGUGUGUGUGUGUGCGUGCGUGCAUGGUGACAGGGGGACAGUGGGGAUGCCACAGAUGAUGAGAUGGUGUCACAGAAGGUGAAGAGCGGUUGGGAUAUCUUAGGGCGGAGUGCACCAGACCCGACAGACAACAUGGACCAAGACCAGGAGGACAGCAGCUCCUAUGGUUUCCCUGGGCCUCUCUCCUCCUCCACCAGUAGAUCCAUGGCCAUUAGUACCUCUUCCUCCUCCAUCUCCUCCUCUUCCUCAGCCUCCAAUCACAAGGCUCAAACAGGGUAAGAUACUACAAACUGUGGUAUAUUCUUCUGUGUGUGUGUGUGUGUGUGUGUGUGCGUGUGCGUGUGUGUGUGCGUGCAUAUGCUUCAUGUUUAAUUUGGGUGUGCUGAUGUUUGUGCUGAAAUUCAGUACACAUAACAUUUCAUUGGCUUCUCGCUUCAGUAAUAGGCCAAAUCAGACACUACCUAGCCGGGGUAAGAGCCAAUCAAAGAGCUUCCAGAACCUCAUGGUGUCAGAUGGCACAAUGAGGUUUACUGAGUUUGUUGAGCUCUUCAAGUCCUUCAGGUAAUCUCCUCUAACUCAACAUGUAUCUAUCUAUACUGUAUUAUUGUGUAAUACAUUAAGUGUUGUUACAGCAGUGAGAUGUACAUUCCUUAUGAUUUUCCCAGUGUUUUCCCAGUGUAAAAAAUUGCCACUAUUUAAUCAAUGACAGAUUGUGGAUUUCCAGAUAGGGCUUUCAGUAGUGUGUUUGAUUUGCACCAGCAUGUCUUAGGAAGUUGACAUUAUCUUCAAAUGAGUGAAUUGGGGCCUCCAUCUUUUUGUUGGUGUGUAGUAUCCGGAGUCGUAAGGACCUGAAGGAUGUGUUUGAUGCCCAUGCUGUGCCCUGUGUUCAGUCUGCCUCUGAGCCUGCUCCUCUCUACACUCACCUCAGCAUCGACGACACAGUCACAGGAAUACAACCAGACCUGGGUGAGUUUCCUGGGUGAGUUUCCUGGGUGAGUUUCCUGGGUGAGUUUCCUGGGUGAGUUACCUGGGUGAGUUACCUGGGUGAGUUACCUGCCCAGUUGGGGUCAAUUCCAUUUAGAUUCUACAGGAGUAAUGAAGCCUGGUCCCAGAUCUGUAUGUGCUAUAUCAUCAUGCUUGGCAUGUCAAGGACCACUGGAGUUGGUGAGAGAAGCACAAACAGAUCUGGGACCAGUCUAGGAUACAUCAGUCUUCAAACUACACUACAAACGUACAGGAAGCUCUCAGCCCUAGGCUAAGACGGUCUGUGCAGUGUGAAAGGCCCUUUAAGGGGUAGUGCAGUUAAAAACUUGAUAUUCCUGUUUUUUUAUAUUUCGACACUGAGGUGGAAAUAACACCGACAUUUAUUUGAAUGCCUUGAAUUUCAGCCUGUUCAGGUGGGAUGGAGUUUUUGGUCCAGAUCAUGACGUCACAAUCUGAUCUGAUUAUAAUAGACCAAUGACUAUUCAUCUGGGUAAGGGGAUGGGCUCUAGACCAUCCUAUCAGCCAAUCAGGGCUGUGUAUGUAAAUAAACUGAGCUACUCAUAUUUGCUUUGAAGUCAAGUGUAAAUGUCUUUAUUUUGUAUUUCCCCCCAUACUAGACCUUCUGACGCGUAACGGCCUGGACCUUGGUCUUUCCAUCCGGAUCAAGAGACACAUGUCAGACAAUCAGAAGCAUAUUUCAGACGCCAUAGCUGCAGCCAGCAUCGUGACCAAUGGUACUGGUGUGGAGAGUGUCUCGCUGGGAGCUCUGGGCAUGACCAUCAUGCACCUCAACGACUUCCUGGUCAACUGUCAGGGAGAGAACCACUCGCAUGAUGAAGUCCUAAGAAUCAUCCAGGUGUGUGACGAUGAAGUGUGUGUGUGUGUGUCCUUUGGCAGACAAUCUUCCACUGAAUUAAUGUGUUGUGUGUUCCAGACUUUUGAACCAUCUGCCACUUUGCGUCAGAUUGGCUGGAUGUCCUUUGAGGGAUUUGCCCGGUCAGUAUUUCUUGUAUGUGUUUGUGAUCCCUGCGGGAAUUGAACCCAUGACCCUGCUCUUAUCAACUGAGCCAAAAAGUACCCCAAUUCAGGAAUGACCCAGGUUGGUUUUCCCCUGCUAUAAGGUAUCUGAUGGACAAGGACAACUCUGCUUCCAAACUGGAAGAGUCUCCGCUGAAUAUUGAAGAGCUCCAGUACCCUCUGUCAUACUACUACAUUGCUACAUCACACAACACCUACCUGACCGCACACCAACUCAAGGGAGGGUCGUCUGUGGAGCUGUACAGCCAGGUGACAAUCAGAACACUGGUAUUACCCUGACGGGGAUAACACUCCAUGUAAUAUUUACUCAAACCGAUUGAGUGUACAGCAAUACAGCUGUUGUGGUGAUAAACUGUCAGUGAAAAGCCUUUAUUGUUGUGAAUUUGGGGGGUAGCCCUACCAGGAUUUGAACCCAGGUCCUUGCGUCUGUCAGUCCAACACCUUAGCCAAUUACAUCAAGAGAUCCAAACCUUCUGAUCCAAGCCAUAGAGGUGUCCAGGUGUUGUGUCCAGGUGUUGUGUCCAGGUGUCCAGGUGUUGUGUCCAGGUGUCCACAUUACUGUUUGGUUUGUUGUUGUCUCAGGUGCUCCUCCAGGGAUGCAGGAGUGUUGAACUAGACUGUUGGGAUGGAGACGAUGGCAUGCCGAUCAUCUACCAUGGACACACCCUCACUACCCGCAUACCCUUCAAGGUGUGUUGAAUUUAGUUUAACUAAGAUGAGAUGAGUUGAGUUGAAUUUCAUUUAUUGAGUUGAGUUAAUCUCCCGUUCCUGCAGGAUGUGGUGGAGGCGGUGAACCGCUCUGCCUUCGUGACCUCUGACCUACCUGUGAUGCUGUCCAUAGAGAAUCACUGCUCCCUGCCGCAGCAACGCAAGAUGGCCGACAUCUUCAAGGUGGGUAGGCCUACUUACUGUCCUGUCCAGUUCAGUGUUUAAAUGUUGAGAUGUGAAAUGGGCUCUUUCUGAUGCUCGUUGGUGUUUUACGAAAGGAAGUGGAGAGGGGGUGAGGUUAGGUUAAGGGUUCAGGUUAGUCAUAGAGUUAGGGAACCGCCACCCGCAACAUACUGUACAUUGCCUUUAAUAAGUCAAUCAUUAUUGAUCCUUCUUCCCCUCAGAACAGUUUAGAACUCUGAUGGUGUGUUUGUGUUGUCCUUCAACAGACUGUGUUUGGGGAUAAACUGGUGACAAAGUUCCUGUUCGAGAGUGAUUUCUUGGACGACCCGCUGCUGCCGUCACCAUGGCAACUGAGGGGGAAAAUCCUCCUCAAGAACAAGAAGCUGAAAGAUCACCAGACGCCGGUGGACAUCCUCAAACAGAAGGCAAGGCCACUGAUAAGGAACACACUGACCAAAAGUUCUCUUAACAGUUGUUGAUCCAGUCCUGUAUCUAUAUAAUGUGCUAUAUGUACCUCAAAAUGAUGGUACACUGAUACGUAAUUAGAAGGAAAUAAGAUUGUCAUAAAUGACUCUUCCUGAUACAGGCUCACCAGUUGGCCCAGAUGCAUGCUCAGGCCAGUAGUGUGAUGCCUCCUCCCUUCCCAACCAAUGAGGAACAGGAGGAAGAAGAGGAUGAGGAUGAAUACGACUAUGAGUAUGAAUCACUAUCUGAUGGUAUGAUCACAACACCAAUAGCAUCCCAGUGUAUGCCAGUUUAUAGUCGUCACACCCUCAUAAUGCCCUCAAACAGCAAUACUGUUGAUCAUCCCAAUUCUUCUACUUAACCUUUGACCCCCUACUCACUCUUCCUCUGUAGCUGAUGCCCUGGCUUUAUCUGCUGCUUCUUCUGUCCAAGAAGGUAAUAAAAAGAAUCAAAUGAAUCACUUAAGAUUUGACAAUUCCACAGCAUGCUUGUUGUCCUGUUGCUGAAUAGGUUUGUGCUCUGUUUGUGCUGUGCUCUAGUACACUGGCUGUGUGACUAUGUGUCCAUUGCACGAGGGUGUUGUGACAUUUGGAAAGCUUCUUAUCUACUAAAUGAGUACCCACUGAUACUCAAUUUGAUUACCAAGUGGGUCAAAAACAACAAGAGAUUGCUUGAAAGCCAAUCGUUUUUGGCCACAUGUUUGAAUGUUACAUAGUUAUUUGUCACUGAAAACCUCAAAUUAUAUUUCACUGCAUGAAUGUGUGUUUUUGUUUAGACUGCAAUAAUAAUGUAUUUGGCUGGGAAUGUCUACGUUGAUACAGAUAAUAUCUUGGAGGAUAGGCCGGAGGGAAAGUCUUCAUCAGGGGAGAAGUUACAGACCAAACACAGUGACGAAGUCCCCAAGAAGAUGAAGAAAUGCAAGAGAUCUACUGACAACAAAGGAGAAGUGAGUUUAUCCUCCAUCUCCAUUCAGCGGCAGGAUCCAGUAGACGUAGAAAUACAAAAGUAUUUAUCUUGUUGGUAUUUUUCUUAAUUAACCAGUUUCUCCCAUUAUAUUUGAUUAAUAACAUCAUGAGACAUGGGUUAAGAAUAAAUAUUCAGCAUGGAUAUUGUUGGUAUUUGUCUGAAAGAGUUUUGCCUCGUUUGUAUUUUUACACACACACACACUCUCACAAACACACACAAACACACACACACACACAGGUAUUUGGCAAGGAGCUGGAGGAAGAGUUCAAGCUGCCUCGGAGCAAGAAGGAAGGACGCCAGAUAGCCCAGGAGCUAUCGGAUCUGGUGAUCUACUGCCAAGCUGUCAAAUUCCCAGGUCCUUCCUUUCAUUAUGUCAUCUUCUAUAAACAAACUAUACAAUGUAAAUAGCCUUGUGUUCCAGUCACACAUUCACGAUAGUAGGUUCAUGUAAUAUCCCUGAAACAGUUGUCUGACUUGUGAGAUCUCCUUGUAAAGGUAUGAGUCCGUGUGUGUCCCAGGUCUAUCCACCCCCACUACAUCUGAGUCUCCCAGGGAGCGAAAAGAGAGACAGGAAUUCCUUUCUCCUAGAGGAAAGGGAAGGAGGUCCAUCUUUGGGAAAGAUCCAGGGAAAGGUGUUCCAGGGGACCCAUCGACAGUCAUGCGUACCCCAGGGAGAGGUAGGCUACUCUUCUCUGCCCCAUGCCUAUCUAUCAACACUCAGUUCUAACUCAAUGGCUAAGGUUCUGCUACUUCUUCCUAGACAGGCUGGACAUCUUUUGGAUAUAUUUGAAAGUUGAUAAGUUAAACCCUUUGCGUUCAGUGUGUCUCACACACACACACACACACACACACACACACACACACACACACACACACACACACACACAAAUACAUACCUCUUACACACACUUCUCUCAUAACCCUUUCCCCCUAAAUCUGAAGGAACAGCAUCAGAGGGCCCCCGUCCCAACUGGGAAGAAUCCCACACCUCCCCUCCUUACACCUGUAACGCCUCCCUUAGCUCCAUCAUCCACACCCCAAAGUGCUACAACGUCUCCUCAGUCAAUGAAACGCCGCCAAGCGCCUGUGUCGCCGCUACUCCCGGAAGCUGAUCCAACACACCAGCGCCCAGCUCCUGCGGACCUACCCGGCAGCCACACGUAUCGACUCCACCAACCCCAGUCCCCUACUCUUCUGGCUGCAUGGAAUACAGCUGGUCGCUCUCAACUACCAGACCGAUGGUGAGCUAGACGCUAGGAGUCGUCAACUAAGUCAAGUUUGCUUAAUUAUGCCAAAAGUUAAAUUAAUUUGGCUAGCUUCAUGUGAGGAACCGAUGUUUGGCCUAUUGCCAGAAUGAGUUGGCCCUGUCUGCAUUCAGUCAAAAGUAUGAAGGGACAAGGGGUUCGGCGAAUUCAAUAUUUCAGAAGUUGAUUCAGAGAAGUCAAUUGAAAUUGGAGCACAACAUGCUUCUUGAAAAUGGCAUUCUGUCUGAAAGUCUAGUUGUUGGAGCACAAACCUCUUUUUGAGUCUCUCUGAAAGUAAACAUAUUUCUCUCCUCUCUCUCACUCUCACCCUCACUCAGACCUACCCCUGCAGCUGAACGCCGCCAUGUUUGAGCCUAACAGGGGUUGUGGGUACGUCCUGAAGCCCCCGGUCCUGUGGGACCCCAGCUGCCCACUCUACGGACACUUCUGCCCCCUGGACAGAGACCCAGAGGGCAUGAGCCCCGCCCUGUUGUCUCUCACUGUGAGUACAUAGCAGAGGUAAUGGAUUGGAUGUAUACAUGUGUACAACAACUAGCUAGUGGUCCUCGGUCAGUUCAUCUGAUGCAACAUGUUUUUUCUUGACGUCUUUCUCUCUAUCUGUGUCUCUCUCCUAUCUCCCCCCUCCUUCUCUCUUUCCAUUCCUUCCAGAUAAUCUCUGGUCAGAAUCUAUGCCCAGGGACUACAGCAGGCAGUCCAUGCAUCGAGGUAGACAUCCUGGGCAUGCAGGCUGACGGGUGUCACUUCCGCACCAAACCUGUCCACCGUAACCCCCUGAACCCCAUUUGGAACCAGAGCUUCCACUUCCCCCUGCUCAUGGCUGACCUGGCCUUCCUACGCUUUACUGUGGUGGAACACAACAGCUCCCAGACCACCGCUCAGAGAAUCAUAUCACUCAGAGCACUCCGGACAGGUAAGUACACACACUAGACUUGUGCAUGCGCACACUCUGAAAAAACACACACAAAGACACACACUACACAAUUUCAUCUGUGACUUAUCUUCCACACACAGACAAAUAGUGUGUUUUUUAUUAGAAGACCCAAGCCUGGUAAUGCUACAGUCAGAUGAAAAGAGACUAAUUGUCACGAGACAUUUCAAACAUGAACACCUGCUGUGAGUGUGGCUGUAGGUGUACAUUCUUUCCUAACAUUAAAGCUAGAAUCCUUAGUUGCUACAUCCAUUUUUGGACUUGUAAAUAAAUUAUAUAUACCCAUUGAUUCUUGGAGAAUAUAACUUAUAAAUGCCUCAUGAGCUUAGUUCAACUGUCGUAACCCAUCAGAACCCAAAAUACAGUGGGGAGAACAAGUAUUUAAUACACUGCCGAUUUUGCAGGUUUUCCUACUUACAAAGCAUGUAGAGGUCUGUAAUUUUUAUCAUAGGUACACUUCAACUGUGAGAGACGGAAUCUAAAACAAAAAUCCAGAAAAUCACAUUGUAUGAUUUUGUAUGACAUAAGUAUAUGAUACAUCAGAAAAGCAGAAACCUUUGUUUGCAAUUACAGAGAUCAUACGUUUCCUGUAGGUCUUGACCAGGUUUGCACACACUGCAGCAGGGAUUUUGGCCCACUCCUCCAUACAGAACUUCUCCAGAUCCUUCAGGUUUCGGGGCUGUCGCUGGGCAAUACGGACUUUCAGCUCCCUCCAAAGAUUUUCAAUUGGGUUCAGGUCUGGAGACUGGCUAGCCCACUCCAGGACCUUGAGAUGCUUCUUACUCCUUAGUUGCCCUGGCUGUGUGUUUCGGGUCGUUGUCAUGCUGGAAGACCCAGCCACGACCCAUCUUCAAUGCUCUUACUGAGGGAAGGAGGUUGUUGGCCAAGAUCUCGCGAUACAUGGCCCCAUCCAUCCUCCCCUCAAUACGGUGCAGUCGUCCUGUCCCCUUUGCAGAAAAGCAUCCCCAAAGAAUGAUGUUUCCACCUCCAUGCUUCACGGUUGGGAUGGUGUUCUUGGGGUUGUACUCAUCCUUCUUCUUCCUCCAAACACGGCGAGUGGAGUUUAGACCAAAAAGCUCUAUUUUUGUCUCAUCAGACCACAUGACCUUCUCCCAUUCCUGCUCUGGAUCAUCCAGAUGGUCAUUAGCAAACUUCAGACGGGCCUGGACAUGCGCUGGCUUGAGCAGGGGGACCUUGCGUGCGCUGCAGGAUUUUAAUCCAUGACGGCGUAGUGUGUUACUAAUGGUUUUCUUUGAGACUGUGGUCCCAGCUCUCUUCAGGUCAUUGACCAAGUCCUGCCGUGUAGUUCUGGGCUGAUCCCUCACCUUCCUCAUGAUCAUUGAUGCCCCACGAGGUGAGAUCUUGCAUGGAGUCCCAGACUGAGGGUGAUUGACCGUCAUCUGGAACUUCUUCCAUUUUCUAAUAAUUGUGCCAACAGUUGUUGCCUUCUCACCAAGCUGCUUGCCUAUUGUCCUGUAGCCCAUCCCAGCCUUGUGCAGGUCUACAAUUUUAUCCCUGAUGUCCUUACACAGCUCUCUGGUCUUGGCCAUUGUGGAGAGGUUGGAGUCUGUUUGAUUGAGUGUGUGGAAAGGUGUCUUUCAAACAGGUAACAAGUUCAAACAGGUGCAGUUAAUACAGGUAAUGAGUGGAGAACAGGAGGGCUUCUUAAAGAAAAACUAACAGGUCUGUGAGAGCUGGAAUUCUUACUGGUUGGUAGGUGAUCAAAUACUUAUGUCAUGCAAUACAAUGCAAAUUAAUUACUUAAAAAUCAUACAAUGUGAUUUUCUGGAUUUUUGUUUUAGAUUCCGUCUCUCACAGUUGAAGUGUACCUAUGAUAAAAAUUACAGACCUCUACAUGCUAUGUAAGUAGGAAAACCUGCAAAAUCGGCAGUGAAUCAAAUACUUGUUCUCCCCACUGUAUAAGCUUGUUUUCCUCCAAAGUUUGUACAAUGUAAAUACAAACACUAUAGCCUCAAAACAUGGUUAAAACUAUCAUUUUGAUGUCAUGGAUAGUCAAUCAUUGCAUCCAUAGGUCUGUCUAUGAAUUUGAGAAUGGUUACAUUUCUCCAGGCCCAUCCCUCAGCUUUUUACCAAAACAGUGGUGGGGUGGCCUCUUUGUUAUUCUUUUAAUUAAGGACUAUAGCUUUAACAAUUCUGAAAUGCCUCUGAAUGAGCACCAUAUGCAAACUGAAUGGGCAUAUACUAAGUGAAUGGCCACAAAUAGGGAGGAUAUAUGUAGGUAAAUGACCCAGACCUAUUUGUCUUCACAUGCCCAUUCAAGACUUAGUGCACCUGGAUUUUCUCUCCACUUUUUGGGGAUAUCCCUCUAGUGGUGCGGGGGCUGUGCUUUGGCGGAGUGGGUGGGGUUAUAUCCUUCCUGUUUGGCCCUGUCCGGGGGUUUCUUCGGAUGGGGCCACAGUGUCUCCGGACCGCUCCUGUCUCAGCCUCCAGUAUUUAUGCUGCAGUAGUUUAUGUGUCGGGGGGCUGGGGUUAGUUGGUUAUACCUGGAGUACUUCUCCUGUCUUAUCCAGUGUCCUGUGUGAAUUUAAGUAUGCUCUCUCUAAUUCUCUCGUUCUCUCUUUCUCUCUGAGAACCUGAGCCCUAGGACCAUACGUCAGGACUACCGGGCAUGAUGACACCUUGCUGUCCCCAGUCCGCCUGGCCUUGCUGCUAUUCCAGUUUCAACUGUUCUGCCUGCGGCUACGAAACCCCUACCUGUCCCAGACCUGCUGUUUUCAACUCUAAAUGAUCGGCUAUGAAAAGCCAACUGAGAGACCUGAGCCCUAGGACCAUACGUCGGGACUACCGGCCGUGGUGACUCCUUGCUGUCCCCAGUCCGCCUGGCCUUGCUGCUAUUCCAGUUUAAACUGUUCUGCCUGCGGUUAUGGAACCCCUACCUGUCCCAGACCUGCUGUUUUAAACUCUAAUGAUCGGCUAUGAAAAGCCAACUGAGAUUUAUUCCUGAUUAUUAUUUGACCAUGCUUGUCACUUAUGAACAUUUUUGAACAUCUUGGCAUGGUUCUGUUAUAAUCUCCACCCGGCACAGCCAGAAGAGGACUGGCCACCCCUCAUAGCCUGGUUCCUCUCUAGGUUUCUUCCUAGGUUUUGCCUUUCUAGGGAGUUUUUCCUAGCCACCGUGCUUCUACACCUGCAUUACUAGCUGUUUGGGGUUUUAGGCUGGGUUUCUGUACAGCACUUCGAGAUAUUAGCUGAUGUAAGAAGGGCUAUAUAAAAUAAAAUUGAUUGAUUGAUUGAUUGAUUGAUAAUUAAUUAUACUUUAAUUUUUAUUCUGGGGGUAGGCAUGUUGCAUUUGAUAGCAUUCAGUUGUUGUAGCCUACCACUGCAUAUCAUUUUAAUACAUAUUUCAUACAAUAAUACAUUUGAUUUCACUUAGGCUACUGGUUAUGAGUCCAAAGCAUUUCCAAAGUAUUAAUUUAUGCGAGCAAUUAUGGGCAAAGGUUUUCCAUUAUUUCAGAUUUUUCAAUUGGUUUUGCAAGAAUUAAGAUAGUAAUGAAUUAGACUAUGGAUCUGAUUUGAUUCUAUGGCUAUACAUAGCCUACAUAGUAUUUACCUCAGCGCAAACGUUUGUUUUGCGUCAUUGCAUCCAUGCAUAUCCUAAGGAAAUGUCUGUAAGGCCAUUGUUGUUUUAGUUCAAAUGUUGGGAUAUUUCAACUAAAAUGUCUACAUCCGAUUCUACUGCAUAUUUACAUUAAAGCUGCAAGUAAAAAAAUAUAUACAGUAUAACUUUAAAUAUGCAUUUAAAAUAUAAAAAUCUGUUUAAAUUCAUUUGUGAUAUUAUUUUAAUAAAAUGUAAGGUAAGAUUCAAGUUACAGAAAGAGUGAAUGAAAGAUGUGAAGUUCCCCUUUUUUCAUUUAGAUGGGGUACAGCCUAACUGUUGAAUGGAAAUGAAGGCCUAGAUGCUGCUAUAAUGAGCCUAAUUCCUGCACAAACUAUUCUGUUAGGAAUGAUCUUCUUUGUUUGUGCAAGGACACCGGAACUACAAACACUGGCAGAGCUAUUAACAAGUCGUUUUAGGGGGACCUUGAUAGUUCAACAAUAGACCUGGGAAAAAAAAAUGUGGAAACCCAUUUCAUGAAGCUCCCGACUAACAGUUAUUGUGCUUGCGUUGCUUCCAGAGUUAAAGAGUCGCUGUCAUGCCUUCUUCACCACGGUGUCCGUGUGGUUUGACCAUUUCAGCACCUCGGAGAUGUGUACGCAGAGGAACUUGAGGUUUUUGACCGUCUCCAUGACAGUCCCAUUGAUGAGGAUGGGGGCGUGCCCAGCCUGGUUCCUCCUGAAGUCCACAAUCAGCUCCUUUGUUUUGCUAACGUUGAGGGAGAGGUUGUUUACCUGGCACCACACCUUCAGAAUGCCUACCUCCUCCCUGUAGGCCGUCUCGUUGUUGUUGGUAAUCAGGCCUACUACUGUUGUGUCGUCAGCAAACUUGAUGGUGGAGAUGGAACUGUGUGAGGCCACGCAGUUGUGGGUAUACAGGGAAUACAGGAGGGGACUGAGGACGCACCCUUGUGGGACCCCCGUGUUGAUAAUCAGUGUGGAGGAGGUAUUGUUGCCCACCUUCACCACCUGGGGUUGGCCGUCAGGAAGUCUAGGAACCAGUUGCACAGGGAGGAGUUCAGUCCCAAGACUGUGAGCUUUGUGGUGAGCUUAGAGGGCACUGUGAUAUUGAAGGCCGAGCUGUAGUCCUCACGUUGCUCUUGUCCAGGUGGGUGAGGGCAGAGUGCAGUGCGAGGGUGAUUGUGUCAUCCGUGGAUCUGGACAGAGUCGAGUGUGUCGGGGACGGAGGAGGUGAUGUAGUCUUUGACUACCCUCUCGAAGCACUUCAUUAUGACGGAAGUGAGUGCUACAGGUCUGUAUUGGUUCAGUUACUUUCCCUGUCUUGGGCACGAGGAUGAUAGUGGACAUCUUGAAGCAGGUGGGGUUAACAGCCUGAGCUAGAGAGAGAUUGAAAAUGUCCAAAAACGGGGCCUCCCGAGUGGCGCAGCAGUCUAAGGCACUGCAUCGCAAUGCUUGAGGCGUCACUACAGACCCGUGUUCGAUCCCAGGCUGUGUCACACCCGGCUGUGACCGGGAGUCCCAUAGGGCGGCGCACAAUUGGCCCAGAGUCGUCUGGGUUAGGGGAGGGUUUGCCGAGGGGGCUUUACUUGGCUCAUCGCGCUCUAGUGACUCCUUGUGGCGGGCCGGGUACAUGCAGGCUGACUUCGGUCGUCAGUUGAACGAUGUUUCCUCCGACACAUUGGUGCGGCUGGCUUCCCGGGUUAAGCGGGCGGGUGUUAAGAGGCGCGGUUUAGCGGGUUUCGAAGGACACAUGACUCAACCGAGCCCGUUGGAGAGUUGCAGCGAUGAGACAAGAUCGUAAUUGGAUAUCACGAAAUUGGGGAAAAGGGGGGGAAGAAAUACAACAAAUAUAUACACUACCGGUCAAAUGGUUUAGAACACCUACUCAUUCAAGGGUUUUUCUUUAUUUUUACAAUUUUCUACAUUGUAGAAUAAUAAUGAAGACAUCAAAACUAUGAAAUAACACAUAUGGAAUCAUGUAGUAACCCAAAAAGUGUUAAACAAAUCUAAAUAUAUUUUAUAUUUGAGAUUCUUCAAAUAGCCACCCUUUGCCUUGAUGACAGGUUUGCACACUCUUGGCAUUCUCUCAACCAGCUUCACCUGGAAAGCUUUUCCAACAGUCUUGAAGGAGUUCCCACAUAUGCUGAGCACUUGUUGGCUGCUUUUCCUUCACUCUGCGGUCCGACUCAUCCCAAACCAUCUAAAUUUGGUUGAGGUCGGGGGAUUGUGGAGGCCAGGUCAUCUGAUGCAGCACUCCAUCACUCUCCUUCUUGGUAAAAUAGCCCUUACACAGCCUGGAGGUGUGUUGGGUCAUUGUCCUGUUGAAAAACGAAUGAUAGUCCCACUAAACCCAAACCAGAUGUGAUGGCGUAUCGCUGCAGAAUGCUGUGGUAGCCAUGCUGGUUAAGUGUGCCUUGAAUUCUAAAUAAAUCACAGACAGUGUCACCAGCAAAACACCCCCACACCAUAACAUUCACACAGUCUCCUCUGAACAUCUGAUGUUGAGAUGUGUAUGUUACUUGAACUCUGUGAAGCAUUUAUUUGGGCUGCAAUUUCUGAGGCUGGUAACUCUAAUGAACUUAUCCUCUGCAGCAGAGGUAACUCUGGGUCUUCCUUUCCUGUGGCGGUCCUCAUGAGAGCCAGUUUCAUCAUAGCGCUUGAUGGUUUUUGCGACUGCACUUGAAGAAACUUUCAAAGUUCUUGAAAUGUUCCGUAUUGACUGACCUUCAUGUCUUUAAGUAAUGAUGGACUGUCUUUUCUCUUUGCUUAUUUGAGCUGUUCUUGCCAUAAUAUGGACUUGGUCUUUUACCAAAUAGGGCUCUCUUCUGUAUACCCCUACUACCUUGUCACAAAACAACUGAUUGGCUCAAACGCAUUAAGAAGGAAAGUAAUUCCACAAAUUAACUUUUAAGAAGGCACACCUGUUAAUUGAAAUGCUUUCCAGGUGACUACCUCAUGAAGCUGGUUGAGAGAAUGCCAAGAGUGUGCAAAGCUGUCAGCAAGGCAAAGGGUGGCUAUUUGAAGAAUCUCAAAUAUAAAAUGUAUUUUGAUUUGUUUAACACUUUUUUGGUUACUACAUGAUUCCAUAUGUGUUAUUUCAUUGUUUUGAUGUCUUCACUAUUAUUCUACAAUGUAGAAAAUAGUAAAAAUAAAGAAAAACCCUUGAAUGAGUAGGUGUUCUAAAACUUUUGACCGGUAGUGUACAUAACAAAAUGUCAGAAAACACAACAGCUAGCUGGUCAGCACAUGCUCUGAGGGUGUGUUAGGGAUGCCACCUGGGCCGGCAGCCUUUCAAGGGUUAACUACGUCCUCCAUGGAGACUGUAAGCACUUAGCCCUCAUUGUCCUCAGUGGCUCUCCUCGGCAGCUCAGAGUCGUUUUGCUCGAAGUGUGAGAAAAAGGUGUUUAGCUCGUCCGGCAGGGCGGUGUUGGUGUCCGCGACGUGACUGACUUUCUUUUUGUAAUCUGUGAUCGUUAGAAGCCCUUUCAACAUACGCCUCGUAUCCGACCUGCUGAGUUGCUCCUCCACUCUGUCCCUAUACUUGUGUCUUGUCAUCUUGAUCGAUCUGCGUAGGUCGUAUUUGUACCGUUUUUUCCCUCCUGCUGUCCAAUAAAACAGUCUGUGUUGAAAUCAUUCUAUACUUUACAGGAAAACUGAAGAUAAAGACAACUUUUAAAAUUUGAUUAGCUAAUUGAAUUCACACAAAACUGGUAGAAAUGCUAUGCCCAUAUCAAGUUCACUUUCAAGAGACAGCAUGGGUAAAACAAAACUAGAAGAAAGGCAGAAAAAGUUGCAAUGCUGUCAAAUGAGAGCAUUAUAUUCCCAAUACUAACAGUGGCAAUUAUUUCAAACUCUUUGUGUGUGUGUGGUAGGAUACAGACACGUGCAGUUGAGGAAUCAGCACAAUGAGGCCCUGCCAGUCUCCAGUCUGUUCAUCUACAGCCGUACAUCUGAAGACAGUGGAACAGCAGGUUCACGGCCUGCGUCAUGGGUGAGUCUGUAGUCUAUAGUGUGUAGUGAGUGUGUAGUGCAGGGUUCUCUCCUACUCCUGUCCUGGAGAGCUACAGGGUGUGCAGGAUUUUGAUUCAGCCCUGCAGUAACCACUAAACUCACGCUGUACUGUGCCUUCUGAAAGUAUUCAGACCCCUUGACUUUUUCCACAUUUUGUUAGGUUACAGCCUUAUUCUAAAAUUGAUUAAAUAGUUUUUCCCCCCUCAUCAAUCUACACACAAUACCAAAUAAUGACAAAGCAAAAACAGGUUUUUAUACAUUUUUGCUAAUUUAUUAAAAGUAAAAAACAGAAAUAUCACAUUUACAUAAGUAUUCAGACCCUUUACUCAGUACUUUGUUGAAGCACCUUUGGCAGCGAUUACAGCCUUGAGUCUUCUUGGGUAUGACGCUACAAGCCUGGCACACCUGUAUUUGGGGAGUUUUUCCCAUUCUUUGCAGAUCCUCUCAAGCUCUGUCAGGUUGGAUGGGGAGCGUUGCUGCACAGCUAUUUUCAGGUCUCUCCAGAGAUGUUCGAUCGGGUUCAAGUCCGGGCUCUGGCUGGGCCACUCAAGGACAUUCAGAGACUUGUCCCGAAGCCACUCCUGCGUUGUCUUGGCUGUGUGCUUAGGGUCAUUGUCCUGUUGGAAGGUGAACCAUCGCCCCAGUCUGAGGUCCUGAGCACUCUGGAGAAGGUUUUCAUCAAGGAUCUCUCUGUACUUUGCUCCAUUCAUCUUUGCCUUGAUCCUGACUAGUCUCCCAGUCCCUGCCGCUGAAAAACAGCCCCACAGCAUGAUGCUGCCACCACCAUGCUUCACCGUAGGGAUGGUGCCUGUUUUCCUCCAGACGUGACACUUUGCAUUCAGGCCAAAUACUUCAAUCCAAGUGGGCUGUCAUGUGCCUUUUACUGAGGAGUGGCUUCCGUCUGGCCACUCUACCAUAAAGGCCUGAUUGGUGGAGUGCUGCAGAGAUGGUUGUCCUUCUGGAAGGUUCUCCCAUCUCCACAGAGGAACUCUAGAGCUCUGUCAGAGUGACCAUCAGGUUUUUGGUCACCUCCCUGACCAAGGCCCUUCUCCCCCGAUUGCUCAGUUUGGCCAGGCGGCCAGCUCUAGGAAGAGUGUUAGUGGUUUCAAACUUCUUCCAUUUAAGAAUGAUGGAGGCCACUGUGUUCUUGGGGACCUUCAAUGCUGCAGACAUUUUUUGGUACCAUUCCCCAGAUCGGUGCCUCGAUAAAAUCAUGUCUCAGAGCUCUACGGACAAUUCCUUCGACCUCAUGGCUUGGUUUUUGCUCUGACAUGCACUGUCAACUGUGGGACCUUAUAUAGACCGGUGUAUGCCUUUCCAAAUCAUGUCCAAUCAAUUGAAUUGACCACAGGUGGACUCCAAUCAAGUUGUAGAAACAUCUCAAGGAUGAUCAGUGGAAACAGGAUGCACCUGAGCUCAAUUUCGAGUCUCAUAGCAAAGGGUCUGAAUACUUACGUAAAUAAGGUAUUUCUGUUUUUUAUUUUAAAUACAUUUGCAAACAUUUCUAAAAACCUGUUUUCUCUUUGUCAUUAUGGGGUAUUGUGUGUAGAUUGAUGAGGAUUUUUUUUAAAUAAUCAAUUUUAGAAUAAGGCUGUAACAUAACAAAAUGUGGAAAAGGUCAAUGGAUCUGAAUACUUUCCGAUGACACUGUAUGUGUGUGUGUGUGUGUGUCUCCCAGCUUUUUAGUACAGAGGAGCGUAGGGCUGCUGUGCAGUACAGGGUCACCGUACAUGGAGUCCCUGGGCCUGAGCCUUUCACAGUGGUGGAUGUGAGUGAGAGGACCACUGCCAGAGAGCUCCUACACAAUGUGAGCAUGGCAUUUUUCACUUCACCAUGUACUGUACCUCUGCAUUCUACACAUUUGGAUCUUCGAGAUUCAUUUUAACAGUGCAGCUGCACCAAUAUAAUGCUUAAUCUCUCUUUCUCUCUCCCGCUCUGCCUCCCAGAUCCUUCCAUCCCUCUCUGCCUCCCAGAUCAUUCCAUCCCUCUCCUCCUCCACUUGCUUCUCCUUCUCUUCUUGCUUCCUGAUGGAAGAGAGGGUGGCAUUGCCCCGUGAGAGGGGGGAGGCUCGGGGUGAGAGGGGGGAGGUUCGGAGGCCUCUCCUGCAGAGGAUCAUCAGGCCUGAGGAGGAGAUACUCAGGGUUGUUGAGAGCUGGAACCCUGACGAAGGCUACCUGGGCAGAGUGUGCCUCAAAACAAGAGAAAAGGUCAGGUUGUAUUUCAACCUACUCAAAAUCACUGUUCCGUUCUCUUAUGACCAAAUGUAUGACUUUCAAUUGGUAAAGUCAUUGCACAGUUUCUAAAUUGUGUUGCUUCAGAGCAUGGAAUUCUAAUUAUAUUGGACAUUUUUGUCUUUGAUCUACUCAACCUGUUCAGCUUGUUCAACCCCAAAAACUGCACUGGGGGCGCUGCGCUGCAGCUGACUCUGUUCCUUUCAAUGUGUGGAAUGCGCCAAUUAUGCCAUUCUUUGCAGAUAUGAAUUAACUGUUGUUGAUGUCUCUAAAAAAGACUCAAUCUUAACCAUACGUUUACUAUUCACCUUUGUUUCAGCCUAUGAAUGAGGAGAAGCCAGUUUUAGAGGAGAUGGACGUAAGCUGUGGACUGGAGGACGAUUCCUUUCUGGUGGAAGUACAUGGAGUGUCUCCUGACCAAUCACCAGUGACCCUCAGAGCUCCCAGACACAUCACAGGCAAUGACCUCAUCCAACAGGUAAGCAUAUGGGAGUCAGGCACUCUCUUGAUAUGUUUUUAGAUGUUCAGUGUCAUUGGAGAAUCAAAUGGACUGUCCAUCCUUGCACCAGUCUAUGAAGCUCAAUCUAUGAAUUUGGGCGUGGUUACAUUUCACUAACACCAUCCCUUAGCUUACCAAACAAAGUUGCAGGGGCAGGCUGUUCAAAUUACAGAUCAUGCCUUUAACCGUGUACCUGAUCUCCAUUUCACUUGCAGACACUGAGGAAAGCCAGACAGUCCAGCCUCCUGCUGUCAGCGGACAACGCCAGCGACUACAUUCUGAUAGAGGAGGUGGUCAAGGAACCCCUGGGGCGCAGGCUCCCUGCCAGACCCACCCAGAGGAUCCUCCUGGACCAGGACUGUGUGUUCCAAGCCCAGGGGAGGUGGAGGGGUCAGGGGAAGUUCAUCCUCAGACUCAGGGAGCAGGCUCAGGGAAAAGAGGUGAGGAUAUACAUAGGAUGAGGACAUUCUGUAUGUGAUGAGGGGUGUGUGAGUGUGUGUGUGUGUGUGUGUGUGUGUGUGUGUGAGAUACUUCAGGUGUUGUUGAUAGCCAAAUGAAUGAGAUUUCCUGCAUGGGCCACAUGUAUUGAAUUUGUCAGUAACUGUAAAUAUGUUUAGGUAAAAAUGUUUGCUGUGUUUAAGAUGGCAUGACCAACCCAAUCAAAAGAACAGUUUGCAAAUGUCUCAAAAUCUUAACAAAUCCCACUAUUUUGUAAUGACUGAAAUUGGGGUUAUUUCUCUGGAGUAGCUGGCCAUAACUAACAGCUUUAAUGUCCUCAGACAGCUCAGCGUGAAGACUGUGUCAGACCUGUUCGCGAGGAUCGGCGGAAAGGAAUAUCGUUGGCGAGCGAGUUGAAACGACUGACAGGCCGGAGCCGGGCCGUAUGGAUCGGGGCUCACGCCUGCUCUGAGGUGGUGCACAGCAAGGACGAGAGGGCAGUGUGCUGUCUGCAUCUGAAUGAAACCAGAGAG